CCCCAGCUCCUGCCGUGGAAAACGAAGGAGAUGGGAGCGUGCCAGCCACUCCAUCCGCACAGCGCCCAGAAGCCAUCGUCUCCCAACAGCGCCAAUCCUGGCUACUUCCUGCCCAGAACCGCCGGCGCCUGGCUCGCCUGCGGCUUCCUCUCCUUGGCGCUCCUCCACCUCCUCUGCUGCUCUCCUCCCGGUACUCAACAAGCAGUCUUGUCCCCUCUGCUCCAGUACUUCAACGGCACCUACUCCUCGGUCUCACCAGCGCCGAGCUGCGACUACUCGGAGGGGCGGUGGGUGCGGUCGCCGGGCCACGCGCGGCGGUACAACGCCACCGCGUGCGGCGUCAAGGACAGCGAGGACUGCGUCCGAAACGGGCGCCCGGACACCGGUUACCUCGACUGGCGGUGGCAGCCGGCGGGCGGGUGCCCGCUCCCGGCCUUCGACGCGGCGGCGUUCCUCGACGCGGUUCGGGGCAGGCACGUCGCCUUCGUGGGCGACUCCAUGGCGCGGAACCAGGCCGAGUCCCUGGUCUGCCUCCUCGGCGCGUCACCGUUCCCGUCCCGGCUCGUGCACCGCGACGCGGACCCCGGGGAGUUCCGGUUCCGGCGCUGGGCGUUCCCGUCGCACGGCGUGACGGUGUCCGUGUACUGGGCGCCGUUCCUGGCGCGGGCCACGGGCAGGGUGGACGACUACCACCUGCCCUACAGCUCCGUGCACCUCGACGCGCUCGCCGAGCGGUGGUCGUCGGAGGCCGACACCAUGGACGUGGCGGUGCUCAGCGCGGGCCACUGGUUCCUCAAGUGGUCCAUGUUCUACAACGGCAGCGAGGUUCUCGGCGCGCACAUGCUCCCGGACUCCAACCACACCGAGAUCGGCUUCGCCUCGCCGUUCCGGGAGGUGGUCCGCAAGUCGCUAGAGCGACUCCUCGGCUCCGGCGGCGGCGGCCGGACUGUGGUGCUGGCCACCAUAUCGCCGUCGCACUUCGAGAAGGCGUGGGACGACCCCACGACGUGCGCGAGGAAGGCCCCGUACAAGGAUGGGGAGAAGGAGGUGGACGGCGAGGCGGCGGAGCUCCGAAGGGUCGUUAAAGAAGAGGCGUCCGCCGCGGCGGCGAGGAACGGCGGGGCGGCGACGAUCAAGGUGCUGGACGUGACGAAGCUGGCGACGAUGCGGCCGGACGGACACCCUGGCGCGUACAUGCACAGGGACCCGUUCGGGCCCGGCAAGCCGGAGAAGAUGCUCAACGACUGCCUCCAUUCCUGCCUGCCGGGGCCGGUGGACACGUUCAAUGAGAUAUUGCUGCAGCUCCUCCUGACCAAGAGGUAGAGAGUGGUAGGCAUGCAAUGGUCAUACUCAUGCGAGUGUGCACCUGCCAUGGUUGCGUUGCGCGCGUAUGACGUGGCGUGGCACUGCUAGCGUGCGUCUGGAAUGCCUGCAUCAAUGGUCAACUUUAGUGCAUUAGAUGUGGUCGUCGUUCGUCUAAAC